CUACUUCCUGUCUCCCGCAGGCCCCUAGGCCGGCCUCGCGAUACCACCCGAGUUCGUCAACUAUUAUGCCCAGACCCCUCCUGUGAGGUGUGUAAUAGCACAACUGCUGAGAUCAAUCGGCUGCUGUUCCUCGAGGACCUGGAAGAUGAUACUGCCUCUGUGUCCUCUAUGGCUUCCACAGCUUCUGGGACUGAGUCAUCAUUCACUCUGUCCUCUGCCUUCUCAGAAGUCCCUCCAGGAGACCUAACACCAUCCCCUCCACCUGACCCUUCCCCACCGCCCCCCUCCGUUCUCUCACCUAACCCAAUGACACCCUUAGCUGACUUUCUUUCACCCUCACCACCGGGUCACUCUAUGCCACCAGAGCCUUUUCCUCCCUUGGAGUCCAAAUUCCCAGCAGACCAUUCUCCACCCCAACCCCUUGCCCUUCCCCCUCUCCCACCACAUGACACCCAGGCAAUGGAUCCUAUUCUCCAACCAGAGGCCACUCUGUCUCUGAAUACGAUCUUCUCUCUUGACCUCACCCUUUCCCAAGAUAUUAACCCCUUACCAAAUUUGUCCCAGAUAAUGAAUCCCAAUGACUCACUGGCUUGUCAUCACGCACCAACAAGCCUGUCUGUCUCACCACCGACAGACCACCCUUUAACUAUGACUCAAUCUAAAUCGGUUUCCAUCUUAUUGAAGUCUGUUCCAGAGAACUCAUCUCCAGAUAGCCCUGGUGGGUUGUCCACUUAUGUCCCAACAAUCAGAGGCACUGACCAUUCAAGCAUGUCAAUUUCAGAAUUAUCCUGGUGGCAAGCUUGUGCCAAAGACUUGUUCUUAGCACCUUCCACCUUGGCACCACGUGAUUUUAAUCGAGAGUUUCUUGCCCUCCAUUCUUCAGAGUCCUCUCUGGAGAGACACCCUACAGCUAACCUUAUAGAGCCUGGUAACCUCUCAUUUCUCAGCCCUCAUGUCCUGGCACUCCUGGAGAGACAAGUCUGAAAGAGGAGUGAUUUCCUGAUGUGGAAGGAAAAGGAGAAGGAGAAGGGUUCUUUUCCAAAAAAACUUAGGCCAGACUACCCACUAAAUUCUUCGGGGAAAAU